AUGCGACAGAUAUCCUGCCAGUACUCAAAUUCCUUCCUGGACUCAUCUGGCUCUCCAUCACCAGAGAGGGAGCAGACGACUUCGGCGCCGCAAGUGAACAUAUCAACUCCACCGGAGCCACCGGCUGCUGAUUCGUCAAGCCUGUUCGAGGCCCUGCUUGCCGACCCUGCGCCUUGGGACCUGUCUUUUCCCCUUGACGUAAAUUCUUCCCUGUCCCCGUGUCGCGACCCCGCAGCCCUGGUUCGUAAUGACAAUGCCCAAUUAUACCCUACUGGUUUGAUCAGUGAGAUUCCAAGCUCGCUGCUCUCACCAGAUCCAAUUGCACAAUCCCCCGCAGCGGCGUUGACGAACCACAGCAUGGAGUUCAUCUUCCGUGUUCUUCGAUCCUGGCCUAAAAUGCUUGCAGGAGAUUUCCAAACGCCUCCAUUCAUUCACCACAGUUAUAUUGCCGAUGGUAUGACUCUACCACAAUCCCUCGCCAACUGCUUCACUCUAGUAAAAAUGUGGCACGGGCAAUGCCGUGGAGCCGAGGACUUAGUCUACCGCCUGAUCCUGAACGAAGCAAACAGCCUCUUGAACAAGCUCGAUGACCUCGACGAAACCGCCCUCCUCGCAAUACUCCAAGCAAUAGUAAUCUACCUGAUCAUCCUCCGCUUCCCCGGCGAGAGCUCCCGCCCAACGCUGCCCCCACCAACGCUCCUCCACAAGAUCCAAGAACUGGCCAACCACGCCGCCAACAUGGGCCUUUUCCUCCAGGAGGAAAGAGAAGCUAUGCGUCCCACCUGGACCGCCUGGGUCCACGUCACCUCCAAGCGACGCGCAGUCCUAUCGCUCUACCUCCUCCACUGGGCACUAUCCGUCUUUCACAACGCUCCGCCGUUAGAUUGCCGCCAGGUAGGGUUCAUGCCUGCGCCUGCGGCGAAGAUACUUUGGCAGGCAAAGUCGGAGCAGGAGUGGAAUUCUCUGUAUAUCCGGUGGCUUGCCAGAUGGGAUGGGCAUGGAUAUAUCCAGGGUGAAUUUGAUCAGAUUCGACCGGGGAUUAAGAUGGAGGAGAGGGCGGAGAAGUGGCUUGAGGAGGCGGAUGAGUUUGGGAUGAUUAUGAUGUCGAUCGUAAAUGCGACGGAUUGUCCAUUGCCCACGUUUGCGGGCCACUGA